UUUUUCGUUCUUCUCCAAAUAUCAGAUUUCAUGUCAACGAUUAUCCUUCUCAUUGAUUCCGUUUUGAUAUAAUUGUCGAACCGAUUCAUACAUUGUGCAGAUCAUGGAGCUCGACUGAAUGCGAGCAUUAAUGUUCAGGUGCAAUCAGGUUAUCCAGAAUCAAUGAGGUUUUCUUGGACGGAAUUGUCUAUUCUAAGUCCCCGAUUUUAACGUCAAUGGAAUCAUCGGAGAUCAAUCUGCGCAUUGGUUUUCACGAAAGGCCGUGGAGGAGAACACUGCGAAGGGUAUAAUUUGAUGGGCAACGUCUGCGUGGGGCCUAACCUUGGGAAUGGGUUCUUGCAAUCGAUCACAUCCGCUUUCAAGAAAACCCCGCCGCAGGAGGGCAGGCUUCCGGCUCCUAACGCCGACAACAACAAUAAAAGCGCGGAAAAUGCUGCGCCUGAUUCAUCCAAAGAUUCUGAUGCUCCAAAGCAAGUUCAAAGUACACCACCUGAAUUGGUGAAAAUUCCCAGCGAUGAAAAACUUAAACCACCGCCAGAACCCGAAAAGCCUGCUGAACCUGAGGUCCAUGAACCUACCGGCGGCACUGCUCAUGCUGGGAAAGCUGAAAAGCCUGCCAAGCCGGAGAUGGUCAAUCACCCUGCUUCUAACAAUGCUGCCGAUGCCGGGGAAUCUGAAAAGCCAGUCAAGCUGGAGGUGGUCAACGAAGCUGCCUCUAAUAAUACCACGAAUGCUGGCGAAACUACGAAACCUACUCAUGUUAAAAGGGCAUCGAGCAUGGGACUUCGAAUAGAAUCGGUCUUAGGGAGGAAAACUGAGAAUAUAAAGGAUCUUUAUAGUCUGGGGCGAAAGCUAGGACAAGGGCAGUUUGGGACAACAUACUACUGUCUAGAGAAGGCGACUGGCAAAGAGUUUGCUUGUAAAUCCAUUCUUAAGAGAAAACUGAACACACAAGAGGACGUAGACGAUGUCAGAAGGGAGAUUCAGAUAAUGCACCAUUUGGCUGGUCAUCCCAAUGUGAUUCAGAUAAUCGGUGCUUAUGAGGAUGCUGUAGCUGUUCAUGUCGUUAUGGAACUCUGUGCUGGUGGAGAGCUUUUUGACAGGAUCAUACAGAGAGGGCACUACACUGAGAAAAGGGCGGCCGAGCUUGCAAGGGUAAUAGUUGGUGUCGUGGAGGCAUUCCAUUCUAUGGGCGUCAUGCAUCGGGACUUGAAGCCAGAAAACUUUCUGUUCGUCAACCAAGAGGAAGAGGCACAACUUAAGACAAUAGAUUUCGGGCUCUCGGUGUUCUUCAGACCAGGUGAAUCAUUUACCGAUGUGGUUGGGAGCCCCUAUUAUGUGGCCCCUGAAGUUUUACGGAAGUUCUAUGGUCAAGAAUGUGACGUCUGGAGUGCAGGGGUGAUCAUUUAUAUUUUACUGAGUGGAGUUCCCCCAUUUUGGGACGAGACGGAGCUAGGCAUAUUUGACCAAGUUUUAAAAGGAGAACUUGACCUUGUCUCUGAACCAUGGCCCAGCAUAUCUGCAAGUGCAAAGGAUCUUCUUCGAAAAAUGCUUGUAAGAGACCCUAAGAAGCGACUAUCGGCACGUGAAGUUCUUAGCCAUCCUUGGUUCCAGACUGAAGGUUUUGCUCUUGAUAAACCUCUUGAUUCUGUUGUUUUAACUCGUUUGAAGCAUUUCUCUGCCAGGAAUAACAAGCUCAAAAAAAUGGCCUUCCGGGUGAUUGCUGAAAGUCUGUCGGAGGAUGAAAUUGCUGGGUUGAAAGAAAUGUUCAAGAUGAUAGACACAGAUAAUAGUGGACACAUCACUCUUGAUGAGCUGAAAGUUGGAUUGGAGAGAGUGGGUGCUUUCCUUAAGGAUUCUGAAAUUAACCAGUUAAUGCAAUCGGCAGACACUGACAAUAGCGGUACAAUAGACUAUGGUGAAUUCAUCGCAGCUAUGCUUCAUGAAAACAAGGUCCAACAGGAGGAUCGUCUAUAUACUGCCUUCUCCUAUUUUGACAAAGAUGGUAGUGGGUAUAUUACGCGAGAUGAGCUCCAGCAAGCGUGUCAACAGUUUGGUCUGCAAGAUGUUCAAUUAGAUGAUAUAAUUCGCGAAGUUGACCAGGAUAAUGUAACAUGUUUAAUUUCCAAUGGUUUUCUACGGUUCCUUUUCCACUUCUCCCGCCCCCAACAAAGAAAAACAUCGUGGAUGUUUCAUUUUCUAAAUAUAACUUCAAACUUGUUUUAUGCUUUCAUAUCUGUUUUCAGGAUGGGCGCAUUGAUUAUAAUGAGUUUGUUGCAAUGAUGCAAGACUCUGGUUUAAGCAAAAAGGGACUGCAAAAUAUCACUGAGUAGGGUUGCGGAUGUCGCCGAGCAUUAAUUAGUAUGUGUAAGCUAUGCCAUGCGAUUACUCGAUAGAUAUCUUUCAGCUAGCACCCUCUCUUCCCCUGGGUAGAUUAUGUAAGAUCAGACCCGUGUAUAAAGUGGGGAGGCGGAUGGAUAAUCUGCCAAGUAGUAUUUUUCUAGUGAUUAAAAACGUGAUCUUUUGGUGGAUAUAUUUCUAGAGCAUUAGAUAACGGUUUUCUUUUUCCUCUGAAUUUUGGCCUUUUUUCCUCUGAGGCGGCCAGUUGGGGUGGUGUUAAUUGUUAAACAUCAAUGAAUAUAAUAAGGAUUUGUCAACAUGUACUUAUACCAUUUUGUCAGUCAGGCUCAAACUAUGCAGCCUUUGCAGCCUAUCCUGUUGUAAAUGGCUCAAUUGGUGUAUUAAUAAUAUUUCAUAUUCUUGAGGCACA